UGAAGAAGGAAAAGAACGAACUCUCUGAGAAACCAAAUCGUAAAAAAAAAAAAUAGAAUCGAAUUUGCGAAAAAAUGGAGAAGAAGAAGAAAAGCAAUGAUGUCGACACCAAAUGGGACGCGUGUCUCGAUCUCACCGCUCGUCGCGUAGUCUACUCCUCCCUCGGCGGCGCGUUCGCCGGUCUUCUCUUCUUCAGGAGUCCCGUGACGAGAUGGGCGUCGAUUGCGUUUGGUGCUGGACUCGGUAUUGGAUCUGCUUACACUGAUUGUUCUCGCGUCUUUGAUGCAUCAUCCUCUUCCGCUUUGGUAGCUCCCAACAGUACAGAGACCUCUUCUUCUUCUGUAUCUCAGGUAGCGGAAGAGUAAAGGGAACGAGGAAGCUUUUGAGGAUAAACCCAAACAUUGAUGGGUGUUUGAUACAAGAGUUGUUACAUUUCUUUUUUUUAUAUGAAAUGAUCUUUGCAGGACAUGGCUUUUUUUUUGUAAGAGACAAUAAGCCAUUGUUAAACCUUUGCUUUUCAGUGGUUUGUUACACACUGACUGAAGUCCAAAAAAAAUCUGACAGUUCUUUUCUUAAAGAAAGAAAUUCAAAAUCAGUAAUUCAUCCGGUUUGA